AUGUCGCGUCAAUUAAAAGAGCUUCGAAAAUUUGGUGGCAUGACAAAAACAAGAAAUUAUUUUAUUGGAUUCUUAUUUCAACAGAGGAAUACAUUAUCAAAUAUUGAUCGUUUAUAUCAUAGUAAUCCACUUUUUGCCAGUGAAAAAUCAACAUUUCAAAACGAUGAAGCACCAAGAGUUAUUAAACCAACCCAAAUGAAAGUAUCUCAAAAACUAAUGUCAAAGUUGUACAAAACUCGCAGAAGGUUGGUAAAAAGAACACAAUCAGUACAUAAGAUAUCUAAAUUAAAGAAAGAAAUAAGAAUGCAAAGGAAAGAUGAUUCAAAACUCGAUCAAGUUAUUGAACUUGAACGAAAAAGGUUAAAAGAAGUUAGUAAAAAAAUUUGGGAAAGACAACCACCACCGCCACAAUAUCUUUAUACACGAACAGAACGAAAAGUCGAAAAAUAUAAUGAAUGGAAAAAAUUAAAUGAUAAUAUACCAUUAAGGUUGAUAAAGAUUUUCUUAAGUUCAGAUCACAGCAUUAAAGUCAAAAGCCAUAGUCCUAAACAGGUAUUGAUGAUAUUUAAAGAACUAUUGAAUAAAGGUCAAUUAAGAGAUGUACCUUUUGAUGAUAUUCAACGACUUGCAGAGUACUUUUCAAAAGUCCAUCCACGCAAUGCGAUAUUUGUAUUGGAAUCUGCAUUGGAACAUGAGUUUCAGCUAACUUAUUCCGAUUAUCAUAUGUUGAUUGUUUUGUAUGGAAAUAUCAAAGAUAGUAUAGGUGCAAUUCGAAUAAUAGAAGAAAUGAAAAGCCUAGGAUUUGAACUUACCAGUGAAGAUUACUGUGAACUUUUACAGUGCAUAAUGAGUAAAGAUGGUGAUAUCCUACUUGCUAAAAAAUAUUUGAAUGAGAUGAAAUCAAAGAAUCUUCAUCUAAACUAUCAUACGUACGCGGACUUAAUUAAUGGCUUUAUUGAACACGGUGAUAUAAAGGGAGCCGGGCAAUUAUUUGUUGAUAUGUUACGAGAAGGUUUAUCAGCUCCAAAUAUUUUUAUGCCUAAUAGUCAAAAUUCGGAUAAACUGGCGGAAUCAAAUAAUUUGACAACUUGGGAAAAAACUCUUUUAGAACAAAUUUAUAUUAUAUUGAUACAGACUUUUGUUUAUCAUGAUAAUUUGCAUCAAGCCAAAAAAUAUUAUGAUAAAUUAUUAGGUAUAAAUCCAGCACCGGAUCCCGAAAUUGUAAAUGUAAUAAUAAAUUCAUGCUUAAAUAGAGGAGAAAUUAUAUUAGCAAAAAAUCUGUUGAAGCGUACUGGUACAAUUAAUAUUGAACAUGUUUAUAUGCAAAUAUUCAAAAAAUGUGUUCAAGAGAAAAAGUUUUUUGCGCUGUGGACAAUGUAUGAACAAGCGUUGGAUAAAAAAAUCCCAUUAAGUAAAGAAACGUUCCAUUUUUUGAAAUAUUCGAUAUCUUCUGUAUUUAAAUUUACUCUUGAUAAAAAUGUCAGUUUUAAUAACCUUUUGAGCAAAAUUGUUUGA